AUGGAUAAAACUUUCCAAAAUAACCUGAAUAUCAACAAUGGGAAUAGUGGUCCUUAUAGACCUCACAUCGUGCACCCUGAAGAGAGCAUGUUCCAGAUCAAAGAUGUGAUCCUGAGAGCCCUGGCUCUUGUUUCCCUGCUGAGUCUCCAAAGAGCUGGGGCCAUCAAGGCAGACCAUGUGUCGACUUAUGCAAUGUUUGUACAGACACAUAGACCAUCAGGGGAGUUUAUGUUUGAGUUCGAUGAGGAUGAGAUGUUCAACGUGGAUCUGGACAAGAAGGAGACUGUCUGGCAUCUGCCAGAGUUUGGCCGAGCCUUUUCCUUUGAGGCUCAGGGUGGGCUGAGCAACAUUGCUAUUCUGAGGAGCAACUUGAAGAUCAUGAUCGAACGCUCCAACCACACCCAAGGCUCCAAUGAGCCCCCCGAGGUGAUCGUGUUUCCUAAGGAGGCUGUGCAGCUGGGCCAGCCCAACACUCUCAUCUGCCAUGUGGACAAGUUCUUCCCUCCGGUGCUCAAUGUCACCUGGCUGCGCAACGGGCAGACAGUCUCUGAGGGUGUUGGUGAAAGCCUCUUCUUGCCCAGAACAGAUUACAAGUUCUACAGGUUCCAAAAGUUCCACUACCUGACCUUCGUGCCCUCAGUGGAUGAUGUCUAUGACUGCAAGGUGGAGCACUGGGGCCUGGAGGAACCGCUUCUCAAACACUGGGAGGCCCAGGAGCCGAUCCAGGUGUCUGAGAUGACGGAGACUGUGGUCUGUGCCCUCGGCCUGGCAGUGGGCCUGGUGGGCAUCAUUGCUGGCACUGUCCUCAUCAUAAAGGCUCUACGUUCCAGUAGUGACCCUUGGAACCAGGGGCCCCUGUGA